UUCUCUAGCCCAUUCUCAUCUCCACCAAACAAAGAUGUCUCCCAAGGUUGCCACCUUCUUCAUACUAGCUCUCUUCCUCUGCUCCACCCUGACCUACGCCGCCCGCCCACAGCCAGCCUCUCCCCACGAUUUUCCUGGGAAAACUCAACACGGGGGCGUUGAAGCUGAGCGUGCUGAGGUGGUGGAUGAAAACUGCGAAGGUCUUGGAGAAGACGAGUGCUUGAUGAGAAGAACCCUUGCAGCUCACAUCGAUUAUAUCUACACCCAGAAGGAGAAGCCAUGAAUUUGAGUUCAAUUUCUUGAUAAUUAGCCAUAGAACAUAUGAUAGGCGACAUGAGAUUUUCCAAUGAUAAGUAACUACAUAUAUAAUUAAUCUGUUUAAAGUGUUUGUUUCUCGGGAAUUGGGGUUCACUAGAUUUUUAAUCUUUUGCUCCGUCCUUGGUUUUCAAUUUUAUUUUGCUCUGGGAAAUUUGUCCAGUUGGAAAUUAAAUAUAUAUGAAUUAUAUUGGGCUUCUGUAAAUUUCUUUAUAUUAAUUUUUUUAACAACUGCUUUUGAAACAGAGAUUGAAAUAUUUUGAAUAUCACUCAUGAAUCUAUCAUAUUGAAAUAUCAAAACAAACCAGGAACUAAGAAAAAGUGAUGGGAAAACAAAUGAUAAUAUUCAGAGAUCACAGUUAAUUGAAGGAAACUACUGAGUAUUGAACUGCAAAAAACAGAUUUGAGGUCAAAGUGGCAUCAUUGGAGCGUUCUUCUCCUGAAAAUAUGACCUCAGCUGUCAGUAACUCCAACUAUGGAAGGGAGCGCCGGUUUCACUUGAUUCCUUUCUUUCUGACGUUCUCACUAGUCUCCACUAUUGUUUCAGUUUCAUGUACGUAAAGAAAAUAGAGAAACGACUGCAUUUCUUCAUGGUUUUAA